CGCCGGCGCCCGUCCGCGCCCGCCCACGGCCGCUCUGCCGCUGGUGUUGCUGCUGCCUCCGCCGGCAGCCCGCGGGCAGAAGCCCGACGCAAGGCGCAGGACCUGUCGCGUCCUCCCGGGACAGCCGGCGCGUGCGUAGCCUCCCACCCCGAGGGACUCCGCCUGUCAGGCGAGUGUUCGUACCGGCGUAGCGUGUGUACUGCGAGAAACGAGCGAGCACGCAUCGUCUGUUUUCCUCGUGCAUGUGCCAGCGACUGUGCCCUUCCGAGUGAUGUCCCUCGCGGCAGCUGCCACCGUGCGCUCUGGCAUUUCAGUGACAGUCCUUUGAAAAGUGUUGUCUCCGAGCUUGCUGGAAGGUAUGAAGAGGAAAUUUGUUUACUGAUUCUCUCGCCUCACGUUCCUGGGAGGUGGUACGUCUUAGUGAUACGUGGUGAACCGUGUGGGAACACGUGUGUCGCAGUGACGGUAGCGAAGUGACAGAUGAAUUUAGCUCGCGCUUAGGAAGAUUCGACAGUCGCCAGGCUUACACAAGCUGAGUCGAGUGUCAACAAGACCGUCGGUGAUGGAGCGGAGGCUGACAUUGGAGAUGAAAAGAUAAAAAAAAAAGUUGGCCAUCUCAAAUACGGAAGCGAUUGCUGGCCUAGCAAGACGGCAACUUCGUCUUAGAUACGGUGAGCAGAGGGCCCGCAUGUUGACUUGACGCCGUUUCUGGGAGAGCUGAGUCGUUCCUCGUUCACGAAAGCAAGUGCGCGGCCGCCAGGAUGCGUGGCCGGCGCGCGCUGUGGGCGCUGCUGUUGGUGCUGCUGCCGCCGCUGCUCGUCGCUAACUCCGUGGACAAAGGGAGGCGAGAGAUGCCGCACCGGCACUCUGAGUGGCAGCAGCUGUGGUACUCCAACUUCGAGGAGUUCCAGCGGCUGACGGAGCCCACGUUCGACAACAACACCGUCAGCAACGUGACGGUGCAGCUGGGCGGCACCGCCUUCCUGCACUGCCGCGUGCGCAACCUGGGCGAGCGCACGAUCUCGUGGGUGCGGCGACGCGACUGGCACAUUCUGACGUCGGGGCUGUUCACCUACACCAACGACGAGCGCUUCCAGGUGCUGCACGCAGAGGGCUCCGACGACUGGACGCUGCAGAUCAAGUACGUGCAGAAGAGGGACAACGGCACCUACGAGUGCCAGGUCUCCACGGGGACGGGCAUCAUGUCUCACUUCGUCAACCUGCACAUCGUGGUUCCCGAGGCGUUCAUCCUGGGCAGUGGCGAGCACCACGUCGACGUCGGCAGCGGCAUCAGCCUCGUCUGCAUCAUAGAGAAGAGCCCGACGCCGCCGCAGUACGUGUUCUGGUACCACAACGACCGCAUGAUCAACUACGACACGGCGCGCGGCGGCAUCUCGGUGGACACGGAGCCUGGGCCGAAGACGCAGAGCCGCCUCACCAUCCGGAACGCGCACGACUCCGACUCCGGCAACUACACGUGCAGCGCCUCCAACACGGAGCCCGCCUCCAUCUUCGUCUUUGUGUCCGAAGGUGACAAGAUGGCGGCCAUACAGCGGAGGAAGACGUCGUCCGGCUCUGACGUGGACGCCGUGCUGUGGUUCGUGAUCCUGCCGCUACUGGCGCUAGCUGCCAGAUAAGCUCGUCGCCCGCGACGAGCCACGAACCCCUGACCGCCGCCUGGAGGCCGGCGCCAGCCUCUCUUGUCGCAUCGCCGGCGACGGCGCCAGUGCCAUUCUAAACAAGAAGUUUUUCACCAGUCGUGACUUUUGUCCUCCCCUUGUGCCACAGAAGUAUUUCACUAUUGCUUGUAUUCUGACCCGAUCCCAGUGUAAAUGUAUUUUAAGGACAAUACCGGAACUGUAAUGAAUAGAGUAUGGACUUGCAGAUGAUUCUCUUUCGUAGGUUUUAAUAAAAUGUUUACUGAAAACUGAGACUCUUGACUACAGUGUCAGAGCCGCCUACAUCGUUCGACGAGUUCUCUGUUCGUCACAGUUAAUCAUUCUCUUCUGAAGCAGAGAAGUCCGAUGGGAAACUUAGAGGCCCACGUAAGGAGAAGAAAUUUGAAAUCCUGUACAUCAAUAUUUUAAUUCGAUGUAACUGUUACAAAUUUUAAACUUUAAGCUUCAAUUAUUGACAUUUAAAAAACAUUUAAUUACAUUUAGGAUACUAUAUUCAAACGUUGUAGCCACUCUAAUUUUCUUCUUCGUUAGCUUAGCAUCAAUUAUGUAAAGACCAUAAUUUUUAUAUCCUAUGUUAUCAUGAGUAAAAAAUGUGUACAUAGCAUCUAGAUAUAUUGAUUCGUAAAGAAUUCCAUUAAAUCUUGAACUGGUAAA